AGGUAAACGAACUUUGUGAUUGGAAUGCUCGAUUUAUCGCUCGGGAAGAUGGCGGCUCGCAUGCUGCUCAGACUGUGUGCCCGGUCUGUAUGUCGGGGCUUUACAGGGGCACGAAGUCUGAGCACCGGGGAGUCGGUGCCGCCCAGCCGGCUGUAUGACUAUGUGCGGGAAGGGUACUGCAGCCGGCCCGAGCUGGACAUGGAGAGCCUCAGCCGGGAUAUAGAGGCUGCUGAGCGGGAACUGGCGGAGAGGAGACCGGGCAGACCUCAGGAGGGAGAGCUGCGGGCUCUGGUGAACGUCUGGGAACAACUAAAGGCUUUAAGACAAGACAUCUGCAGCCUCGAGGAGGAGAAAUCACUAGUGGCCAAUGAAGUCAAGGAAAUGACGCUAUCACACGAUCGGAAGGAGCUGCAGUCUAUCCCCAGGUACCUGACAAUCAGAAACCGAGGUAAGGAGAUCCGUCAGCAGCUGAACGCUCUCUACCGACAGGAGGACCAUCUGGAGGAGACUUUCUACAUCCGAGCACUUAAAUUGCCUAAUAGAACCUAUCCGGGAACUCCUAUCGGGGACGAAAGCAAGGCUCGGGUCCUGGAGGUCAUUGGAGAGAAACCAGAGUUUGAUUUUAAUGUUCGGGGUCACCUGGAGAUCGGGGAAGACCUGGAUAUCAUCAGGCAGAGACGUCUUUCUCACAUCUCUGGGAACCGCUGUUACUACCUACGUGGAGCUGGUGCCAUGUUGCAGCACGCGCUGGUGAACUUCUCAAUUACUAAACUUGUUAAAAAGGGAUUCAUUCCACUGUCUGUGCCGGACAUGCUGAGAGGAGCGGUAUUUGAAGGUUGUGGCAUGCAGCCAACCGCCCACAGCUCGCAGGUCUACAGCCUGGAUCCAUCUGCCCACCCGGACCUGCAUCUAGCCGGGACCUCAGAGGUUGGAGUCGCAGGGUAUUUUAUGGAUCAUGCUGCACAACUAACAGAUCUCCCCAUUAGGACUGUUUGCUGCAGCACGUGUUACCGAGCAGAGACAGAUACCGGACGGGAAACGUGGGGUCUUUACAGAGUUCACCAUUUUACCAAGGUGGAGAUGUUUGGAGUCACCGCCAACGAGACUGGACGUGAGAGCCAGGAGCUGCUGGAUGAGUUUAUGAACCUGCAAAAAGAGAUCUUCUCAGAUCUGGGAUUACACUUCCAUGUUUUAGAAAUGCCAAGUGAGGAACUCGGGCUCCCCGCCUACAGGAAAUGUGACAUAGAGGCCUGGAUGCCAGGGCGAGGGAAAUAUGGAGAGAUUUCCAGUGCAUCAAACUGCACCGAUUUCCAGAGUCGGAGGCUGAACAUCAUGUAUGAGAGACCUAAUGGAGAGCUGCGGCAUGCCCACACGAUCAAUGGCACUGCUUGUGCUGUCCCCCGAUUAAUCAUUGCCAUUCUGGAAUCCAACCAGUUAAAGGAUGGCAGAGUGCGUAUCCCUGAGGUCUUACAACCAUUCAUGGGCUCUGACGUCAUACAAAAACCACCGUACGCUCCGCAGAAAUACAUCGGACCAAACCAAAAAAAGAAACCCAACAAGAUGCUGUGACCUUGUGUCUGGACGGAGAAGACUGAGCGGGGAUGGAUAAUGGACUCUGAGAACCUGCCCCAGCUCCAUGUUACAUGUUGUAAAUACAAUUCAAUAAAUUAUGUAUCUUUACAAAUCA